AUGGCACUGCUUGCGUGUGCAGCCGGGGCGAGCGGGCCGCCGCUGCAGCCGGAGCGAGCAGCGCCCGCCCGCACCACCUGUCCCCGCCGGCAUUCCAGAGUAGAGGCCGAAUUGGCAGCGAGCCGGCCCGGAUCAGUAGCCGCCUCAGUCCGCGCGGGCCCUCUUAGGGGUGUGUCUCACGGAUUCAACUCCCAGCAGCUCCUGGACGAGCCCCUAAAGGCGUCUUCCUCCCUGGCGGGAGCCGCGCGCACCCCGCUCUUCGCGCUGUUGCCCCGAGGCCGCCGCAGGCGGAUGCACGACCUCAGGCGACGCUGGGACCUGGGCUCCCUCUGCCGGGCCCUGCUCACUCGGGGCCUGGCUGCCCUGGGCCACUCGCUAAAGCACGUGCUCGGUGCGAUCUUCUCCAAGAUUUUCGGCCCGCUGGCCAGCGUCGGGAACAUGGAUGAGAAAUCCAACAAGCUGCUGCUGGCUUUGGUGAUGCUCUUCCUAUUUGCCGUGAUCGUUCUCCAAUACGUGUGCCCCGGCACAGAAUGCCAGCUCCUCCGCCUGCAGGCGUUCAGCUCCCCGGUGCCGGAUCCGUACCGCUCGGAGGAUGAGAGCUCCGCCAGGUUCGUGCCCCGCUACAAUUUCAGCCGUGGCGACCUCCUGCGCAAGGUAGACUUCGAUAUCAAGGGCGAUGACCUGAUCGUGUUCCUGCACAUCCAGAAGACCGGGGGCACCACUUUUGGCCGCCACCUGGUGCGCAACAUCCAACUGGAGCAGCCAUGCGAGUGCCGCGUGGGUCAGAAGAAAUGCACUUGCCACCGGCCGGGUAAGCGGGAGACCUGGCUCUUCUCCAGAUUCUCCACGGGCUGGAGCUGCGGGCUGCACGCCGACUGGACCGAGCUCACCAGCUGCGUGCCCGCCGUGGUGGACGGCAAGCGCGACGCCAGGCUGAGACCCUCCAGGUGGAGGAUUUUUCAGAUUCUAGAUGGAGCAAGUAAAGAUACACGAGGUUCUCCAAACACUAACCCAGGCACCAACUCUCCGUCAUCCACAAAGGCCCGGAACACAUCUAAGAAUGGGAAGAACUUCCACUACAUCACCAUUCUCCGAGACCCAGUGUCCCGGUACUUGAGUGAGUGGAGGCAUGUUCAGAGAGGGGCAACGUGGAAAGCGUCCCUGCAUGUCUGCGACGGAAGGCCCCCGACCUCUGAAGAGCUGCCCAGCUGCUACACCGGUGAUGACUGGUCUGGCUGCCCCCUCAAAGAGUUCAUGGACUGUCCCUAUAAUCUAGCCAACAACCGCCAGGUGCGCAUGCUGUCUGACCUGACCCUAGUGGGCUGCUACAACCUUUCCGUCAUGCCCGAAAAGCAAAGAAACAAGGUCCUUCUGGAGAGCGCCAAAUCCAAUCUGAAGCACAUGGCGUUCUUUGGCCUUACAGAGUUUCAGCGGAAGACCCAAUAUCUGUUUGAGAAAACCUUCAACAUGAACUUUAUUUCGCCGUUUACCCAAUAUAAUACCACUAGGGCUUCUAGUGUAGAGAUCAGUGAGGAAAUCCAAAAGCGUAUUGAGGGACUGAAUUUUCUGGAUAUGGAAUUGUACAGCUAUGCAAAAGACCUCUUUUUGCAAAGGUAUCAGUUUAUGAGGCAGAAGGAGCAUCAGGAGGCCAGGCAGAAGCGUCAGGAACAACGCAAAUUUCUGAAAGGCAGGUUCCUUCAGACCCAUUUCCAGAGCCAGAGUCAGGGCCAGAUCCAGAAUCUGAGUCAGAAUCAGAGUCAGAACCCAAAUCCGAAUGCCAAUCACAAUCUGACUCAGAAUCUGAUUCAGAAUCGGACUCAGAAUCUGAUUCAGAAUCGGACUCAGAGUUCAAGUUUGAAUGUGAGCCGGAAGGAGAACAGGGAAAGCCAGAAGCAGAAUCCAGGCCAAGAGCAGAACGACAGCAACACCAGCAAUGGCACCAAUGACUACAUAGGCAGUGUAGAGAAAUGGCGCUAA